CUCUGACUCUGUAGGAAAGUGGAUCUCGCGAGCCAAAUUUGAGGAUUAGCCUACUGUUCUAUGGCAUUACUGCUAACCCCCUCGUCUUUUAGAACCUUAUUUUAAGAGUGUAAACGUUAUAAUCGUCAUUCAAAGCCGCGUUGGCAAUGAAGUGUCUGCUAGGUUCAUAUGAAUAAUUCCCACUUUAUUGCAGGACUGAGAGCUUGUUUACUCUCAAUUCACCUCAGAAACUGAACCUUUCACUGGAAGGCUUCCAGCGAUGGGUAGGUAGCUCGACAAGAAUUUCUUUCGAACUGUUCGAACCGAUUCAGUGACUCGGUUACGCGCCGCCUCGUUGUUCUCUAAAAAGUUCCAGUGAGUCAAGCCAUAUGUAGAGGAAGGAUGGUGAGCCCCCUCUGAUUAAAGGCUGGAUUCCAUUUCUGGGGAAAGCUCUAGAAUUCAGAAAAAACUCUCAGCAGUUUCUUUCACAGCUACAGCAGGAGCAUGGAGAUGUUUUUACUGUACUUAUAGCAGGAAAGUACAUUACAUUCAUAAUGAAUCCUUUUCUGUACUCGUCUGUGAUCAAACACGGGAAACAGUUGGAUUUCCACAGGUUUUCAGACAGUGCAGCAUCCAGGUCGUUCAAUUACACACCAGUACAGAGUGGCCUCUUUCCUGGAAUGAGUGACCACAUCCAGCGGAGUUACAGUCUGCUGAAGGGGCCUGACCUCGACCUGCUCACGUCCAGCAUGAUGACAAAAUUGCAGCAGGUCCUGCGAUGCCGUUUUCUGUCCAGUGAAGAGUCUGGAUCUGAUGGAGAUUGGCAAGAGGCAGAACUAUAUGAGUUUUGUAAAUGUGUAAUGUUUCGGACCACAUUUAACACUCUGUAUGGACAUUCAGAAAAACUUUGUCUGGAUCAGCUGCGAGAGGACUUUGAGAAGUUUGAUGGCAUUUUCCCUUUACUAAUGGCCCGUGUGCCCAUCGCAUUGCUGGGAAAAACCAAAGAGAUUCGUGAGAAGCUAAUAAGAUUUUUCUACCCUCAAAGAAUGGAAGAAUGGAGGGCUCCAUGCAAGUUCAUACAGAAACGAAUGGAGCUGUUCCAGCAGUAUGACAUGCUUCAGGACAGAGAUAAAGCAGCACAUCAUUUUGCCAUGAUGUGGGCAGCAGUAGGAAACACCAUCCCAGCAGCCUUCUGGUGUCUUUACCACCUCAUCUCCUGCCCAGAAGCCCUUGAGGCAGUGAGAGCAGAGAUUAUCAGUGUGGUUGGAGAGAAGAACAUGAAGUUGAUCUUUGAAGAGGACAUCACAAUUACACGACAACAGCUAGAACAGAUGGUUAACCUGGAAAGUUCAAUAAAUGAGAGUUUGCGUCUCUCCUCUGUAUCAAUGAACAUCCGUGUGGUUCAGGAAGAUUUCUGUUUGCGCCUGGGUGACCAGCAUUCAAUCAACCUGAGAAAAGAUGACAUUGUUGCUCUUUACCCAGAAAGCACACACCUUGAUCCUGAAAUAUAUGAUCAGCCUCAGCGCUUCCGAUUUGACCGUUUUGUGGAGGAUGGGAAAGAAAAAACAGAUUUUUAUAAAUGUGGUCAGAAGGUCCGGUACUAUCUUAUGCCUUUCGGCUCCGGAGCCACACAGUGUCCAGGGCGUUUUUUCGCAAUGAAUGAGCUGAAGCAGUUUGUGUGUGUGACUCUGCUCAUGUGUGAAAUGCAGUUGUCGGAGAACCAGCAGGAGGCGAUGCUAGACAAAAGCCGUGCUGGUCUGGGCGUCAUGCCCCCUGUUAAUCAAAUCACUUUCAAAUACAGAACCAAAAAACCAGGGGACAACAUGAAGAGGGAGGAAUGAACUGAGUGAUUAGAGACUGUCUGUUUUUUGCUUGGGUGUUUUUCUUUCAUUUUUUCACAGCUAUAAACUGCAGUUUGAUUACAUAACCGUUACAUAAUGGCAACUUUUCAAACAUCUUAAGUUUUAAUAAUUCAGUUUUAUCUAGUCAUUGGUUGUAAAUAACAAUUAUAAACUCAUAAAGUGGCAAAGACUGCACAUGCAACACAAAUGGAUUUCAUGCACUGCAGCUCAUCAUCUAGACCAGUGAUCCUCAAAUCUGGCUCCUGCAGAGUUUAGCUCUAACCCUAAUCAAACACACUUGGGUUUGCUAAUCAAUGUCUUCAGGAUCAUUAUGAAAAAAACCAGGUAGAUUUGUUUGAUUAGGUUUGGAGCUAAACUCAGCAGGAAAGUGGAUCUUGCGAGCCAAAUUUGAGGAGCACUGAUCUUGAUAUAUUUUUGAGUUAUCAAAUCUGCCAAUGAUUAUCCAUUUGCUUCAAUACUAUUACACAAUAUACUCUGCUGAUAUGAUCAUUGGCAAGUUCAAAUACAGUUUAGAUAGAAAUCAGACAAAGACAUGAUGGGACACUCAGUUCUUUACUGGAAUGUUAGUGGGACAGAGGGUGCAAAAAUUAACAAAUGUAACCUGUUUCACUAGCUACUGUACAACACUGUGUAACAAACAAAUAAAAACUAAUAAAACACCUUCACAUU